AUGACCACUGUUGGCCAUUCACUCAGACUCAGUUACCUGCCGCUCCUAUUGAGGAAAAAGAAAUGGUGUAUUUUAAAAAAGCGACCCUUGGCUACGGGCCUGCCUCCAACAUAUGAAUUAAUCGAUCAAGACAAAGAACAAAUCAUAGGUAUGAAUGAAGAUGAAUUAGCCGCAUUAGAAACUAAACUUAAUGAUAGUUGUGAAAUAGUCGCUAUUCAAAAACAAUUACUCAAUCUAAUAGAUAAAACUCAGUUACAAUCUUUAACUUCAUUAAUAUCUAAUUUAGAUGAUAAGAUAUCAAAACAAAAAAAAGAUCUUAAACAACUAAUAGAUAAUAUUAAUCCAGAAACAUCUAAUCAAUUUAACGCUCAUAAAGUUCUUCAGUUUAUCAAUGGUAGAGAAAAUGUAGAAACUAAAGAAUUGGAAAUUAACGAUGAAAACAGUAAGGCUUAUCCCUACUUAUAUGAAAUUAAAACGAGUGGAAAAUAUAUAGACAGGUUGAGAAUGUCAAUUUUACCAGAUAAAGAAGAUGAGGUGUUUGGAUUGGGUAAAUUCCAUAUGAUAUUGGAGACGGAAACUCCACCAUCAGUAAGUAUUAUUAGAAAUCCAGAACCACAAAAUAUAGAGGAACAAGGAGUUAUGAGUUUUUUACGAACAUCAACAGACUUUGAAUAUGUAAAACUAUAUUUUGUUAAUACUGAUUUAUUUACCUCAAUUGAUAUUCAUAAAAAUCAACAAGAUAACAAAUUCAUAAUAUUUUCAUCAAUAAUUGAAAGUGAAAUAGUUGGUGGUAUAUAUACUUAUACAUGUAUGAUAAAAAUCAAUAUCAAAAAACCAAAAAUUUCAGUUCAUUUGAUUAAGAUUAAUGAUUCGAAAGAAGAAAUAUCUAUAGUAACUGUAGAAGUUACUAUUUUUAAAACUAUAGAAAUUUAUCAUGGCUCAGCGGUUGAGAUGGAUAUUUUAGAUAAAAAUUAUCCAUCUUUUAAGUUAUCAGAAAUUCACUUAAUUUAA